CCAUUUACCAUGUUCACUAAAAAUCGCGGCAUUCUUUAAGAAAUUACACUUAAAUGAACACUGGAAUUAUAUUUGCGUUGAUUUACAUUUUUGCACGGCAUUUCAGAAAAAAAGAUCUGCCAGUUUAUCGCCCUACGUCCCUCGGAGCGCUCCGCACGGUAUCUAUCUGCACCAUGUCGGAUUCGGAGGAAGAGAGCCGUGAUCGGCAGCUGAAAGUCGUGCUGAUCGGAGACGGAGCCUCGGGAAAGACAUCGCUUACCACCCGGUUUGCCCAGGAGGCCUUUGGGAGGCAGUACAAGCAAACAAUAGGACUGGACUUCUUUCUGAAGAGAAUCACUCUGCCAGGCAACCUAAACGUCACACUGCAGGUCUGGGACAUUGGGGGCCAGUCCAUCGGAGGGAAGAUGCUGGACAAGUACAUUUAUGGAGCUCAGGGCGUCCUGCUGGUCUAUGACAUCACGAACUACCAGAGCUUUGAGAACCUGGAAGACUGGCUGGGGAUGGUCAAGAAGGUCAACGAGGAUUCCGACGCGCAGCCCGUCGUCGCUCUGGUUGGCAAUAAGACCGACCUGGAGCACAUGCGGACCGUGAAGGCGGACCGGCACCAGCGCUUCUGCCAGGAGAACGGGACCCUCAGCCUCUUCGUCUCCGCCAAGACCGGUGACUCGGUGUCCCUGUGCUUUCAGCGGGUGGCGGCGGACAUCCUGGGUGUGAAGCUCACCAAGGCCGAGAUGGAACAGUCUCAGAAAGUCCUUCGCGCGGAGCUGGUGGACUACCCCCACGAGGAAGACCCCAGUAGGCAGGAGGCCAAUCAGAGCAGAGUGUGCUGUGUUCAGUAGUCGAAGCAGCACGUGGUGAAGGCCGACAUUGUGAACUACAGUCAGGAGCCCGUUACUCGGACAGUGACCCCCCCACGCAGCUCCAUGUGUGCGGUGCAGUGACCUCCCCCCUGCCCCAGCCCAGCCAGGUCUCAGAAAAAUGACUACGGAAGAAUCCCCCCCUGGCCCCAACUCUGCAGGAGGACAAAGGGUGGGGGACAACAGGAAGGAGAGCUGUCUACAGUGUGCUGCUCUCUGCUGUGUCUACAUACACACACACAGACACAGUGUGAUGCGCAAAUGUGUGACUGUCCACUCCAGCCUGCUGUUUUAGAGCCUGACAUGCUCUUUCUCUGGCUCGUGAUUGCAGCUGUUUGACACCAAUACUCUGUAUAUAUGUAUGAAUUUCCUUCUCUUCUGAUAUAUGAAUCAUGUAAACAUGGAUACACUCUGUCCUUAUGGUGUUACCCAGGCAACCAUGCCUAAUAUUUCCUUCUGGAGGAAUUUUGGCAACCUGUUUGUUUAUAUACGUACUGUGCACGUUUUAGGUGUGGUCAUCAUCUCAGAGACGGGUCAUCACCUGUCUUUUCAAUAAAAUGAAAUCAAGUGUAUUUGCUGAUGAACGACACAAUUAAUCGAUUCUACAUCACUGUGGUAAAUAUUUCACUUGUAAGAGACCAAGUGUUGCUUUGGGGAAACCGGUUAUUUUGAUUCUGGCUGGCUUAAAUGUGUGGUAUUUAAACUUAAUACUAAAAGUUUUUUUUUCUCUCUCAAUUUUAGUCAUGAGUUUAUCCAUUGUCUAGGACCACCGUGAAAAAGAAUUAAAACAAACACUUAAGAAAUGUAUAAUGUUUUAUAUACGGGCUUGUUUACGGGUAGUCCUGUGUGCUGCAGACCUAGGUGUCCCCUGGGAGGCGUUUUACAGUAUUAUUUCACGUGAAGAGCCUUGAGAGCUGGAGCCGCAGACGGACUGUGCAGCUGUGACGUGCCCCCCCCCCAGUGCUGCCAUGGAGAAAUGCAUUUGGCAAAGUCGGACCCUUAGAUGGACUUCUGAUGUCAUGACAGAGGAAGGGUGUUGUGUAGCAAGGACACAGAGAGAGUAGAUUGCAUAUCAACUUUAGUAAGUAUCUCAUGUAAUGCUCAUUUUUAAAUCUGCCGAAUCCUGUGGUUUUCUGGAAAAAAUGUAAUAAAUACAUGACCGUUGAUGACGAAUAAUUGAUAUAUAGUUAUAGAAUGUAUUGUUUUGAGACAAUCUGAUAUUUUCAAGGAGUAAAUUUUGAUCCAUUGUGUGUUUUAGGCAUAAAAUAUAUAUUUCAAAAUUAUGUUAUGCCAUUUUAAAGUGCUUCAGUCGUAUUUCCCAUCUCAUUUUUCACCUGUUAAACUUGGAUAAACGGAUUUGUGUAAUCGGACGAAUUCCACCCCUGUAUGACGAAACACUGAAAUGUAUGUUAAUAUGUUACUACGUUUAAUUGUAAUGCGAUUAAAAUGUCUCAUUCAG